CUCAUACGCAAGAGUGGAGGAAGGGUGUGUCGGUGCUUACAGGGAGCCUACAACCAGACAUAAACCGUGUGUACCUCCAUUAUUAAACCACACACGCUUACUUGAACAUCCAGAGAGUGACCAAGAGAGAAAAUAAGCCCUCUGGAAGUACUACAGACCCGUAAUUAUUCGUAUAUCGCCGGAAACUUUGGUAAAAUGAACGUGACCGCAACACCUUGGUAAGUAAGGAAGGAAGGAAGGAAAAAGGAAGAAAGAAGGAAACAAGGAAGAGAGAAAACAAGGGAGGAAGACGGCACCAUUAUGCCUCCUCUUCCCCUUCUUCCUCCUCCUCCUCUUCUUCCUCUUCCUCCCCUGAUUUAAGAGGAUGAACAGCCCACCGUUGGAAGGAGGAGAAGGACCUUGCGAGAUCCUGCAGGAUGCGGGACAAGGUGGACUAACUCUUCUAAACAGUGGAGAAGGAAGACUCGAAGCAAGGAUUGAAGGAAGGACCGGCAGUGGAGGGGGAGGGGGGAAGGUAGGGGGUGGAGGAGUGGAGGAUGUGGGCAUUGGGGGUAUGGUGACGGGGUUGGAAGGGGGGCAGGGGUGGCAGGGAGGGGGGCCGAGGGUAGGGAACACGGCACAAGACGCCCUCUCCCUGCUGCAAGGCGAUCUGGUUCCUCAUACGAAUUUCACGCACACCUUUCUGAAGAGUAUCCUGACCUCCAUUGACAGCAAGGACCCGGUGGUGGCGAACGCGUGGCUUGAGACUCUACUGGAUGUGAUAGAUCUGCUUCCUCGAGACGUGAUCAGGGAGGAGAUCCUCUCCUUAGCCGUAACCAAAGGACAGUCACAGCAAGUGUCCGCCCGACUGGCCGCCUGCAAGCUCAUAGGAAAGAUCGCCACCAAGUUUGAGCCUUUUUUACUGAAGACCGAGGUGGUGGGCGUGGUGCAGAGUCUGUGUCAGGAUGUGUGCGGGGAGGUGCGGGGCAGCAUGUGCGGCCAGCUGGCGGCGGUGGCGAGGGGGCUAGGCCUGGACGCCACCAAGACACACAUCCUCCCUGAGCUGGUGGACCUGUGCUCGGACGAGGAGACAAGCGUGAGGCUGGCCGGGAUUAACACUGUGGUCCUGAUGAUUCCGCUACUUGAUGAUGAGACAAGAGUGGGAACGCUGGUGCCCCUCGUGAAGAAGGUGUGCGAGAGGGCGCUGAGGGUGGAAGAUGCGUCGCUGCCUGUCACCGCUCACCUCCUGGGUCGUCUGUGUCACGGGCUGCACGAUGAGCUCACAGAGGAACAGAAGAGCUGGUUCCUUAACUUCUACUGCACCCUGGCCAAGCUGGGACUGCCCGACUGCAAGAAAACUGAGCUGCCUAUGCCAGACUUGGUUGCCGAGGUUCGCAGUGGAGAAUACGAGGCUGAGUGUCGGCAGCAGUGUGCGUACAACCUCCCGUGUAUGGUGGCGUUCGCUGGCGGCUCAACCACCUACCGCACCAGCCUCCACUCCACUGUGUCCUCCCUCCUCACCGACCCCAGCCACCAAGUGCGGGUGACGGUGGCGGCUGCGUUCCAUCAGCUCUGCACUCUGGUGGGGGCUGAGGUGGGGCUGCUGAAGGAAGGGCUGCUGCAGUUGUUAAGGUCUGACAGCCUGGAGGUACUGGCCGCCCUCACCCCUAACCUCCCAAACAUCAUCUCCACCAUGCAUCGCCACAACGCCAUCGCCCCUCAGUCUCCGCGUGGGGAGCUCCUGGAGGUGGUCGGGGCGGUGAAGCAAGGCGAGGAGACCAUCAGCAUCACCAGCAUGUGGCGGGUGCAUGCCGAGUGCCUGACCCAAGCCGCAGCGCUGGCCCCCUGCCUGCCCCCGGACCUGCUCUUCACCCAGCUUGUGCCCCUCAUGGUGGUCAGGAUGCAGACAGCCAGGCCCAUACCCUGCCGCCUUGCUGCCGCCAGGACCCUGCUAGUGUUCCUAGACCACAUGACCUCCACGGAACACAGGGAACACAUCUGCAACACCCUCAUCUCUGAGUUUUGUGAGGGCAACAGCUGCCACAAGAGGAUGCUGUUCCUUAACAUUGCCACGAUGAUCCUCGAGAUGUUCUCCAAGCUGUUCUUCAAGACGUACUUCUUCAGGCCACUCCUCUCCCUGCACAGUGACCGAGUUCCCAACAUUCGUCUGAAGCUGGUAACACUGCUACCCCAGAUGAAGGCCACACUCUCCCUGCCAGAGGACAAGACCAGACUGCAGGAGCUGGAAACAGUGGUGGGCAGCCUCCUUGUGAGCGAGGGCGACCGUGAUGUGUCUGCGGCCGUCUCCACCACCAUCAGCCUCUUGGACAAGAUUGAGGUGUGCGAGAGUCAGAGAGGGUCUCCAGAGGGUGAAUCAGCUGGGCAGGAGGGAGAGGACGAGAGGAAGGAGAAGCAGGACCAAAGAACAAUUGGAGACACAAAGGGCGAGGAGAAGAAGUCUGGAGAGGGAGGCAAGAACAACAACAGGGGCGAGGGGGAUACGCUCGGUGAGAGGCGCUCAGCAAACCGUUCGUCCAGCCGGCGCAGCACAUCGGGGGUGACGCGCCUGCCGCCCUACCUAGAGAGACGCCGCAGCAACUCGCAUGCCCCCAAGCAGCCGCCAGAUGAACCCACCAUCCUGCGCCUGACGGCCCUCGACCCCUCCACUGAUGAGUUCCUGGUGGACGCCGGCAUCAGGAUCGACGAGUCUGUAAUCCGCAGCCGCUUACCGGGGCCCCAGACCUCACCCCGCCUUGCCCGCUGGCGCCCCAACGAGCGGCCAUACCCGGGCCCUGCCCAGGACACCCUCGACCCCAAGGCCCGCCCCGGCUCACGAUUACGCCAGCCUACUGUAGUGGCUGCCAGCCGCAUCCCCGCCCCACCCGGGGCCCUCGGUCACCUGUCCGAGAGCCAUGAGACCACCCUGCGCAAGAGUGAAGGGGCCCUGGACCAGCGCCGCCGCAACCAGGGCCCCACCAGCUCAGGCGGCCCCAACACUGUGGUGACACGACUCAGGCCACCCCAGCGCCCCGGCCGCCCUGCCUCCACGGUGGCCCCCUCGCCCUCCCAUGGCCCCCUCACCUCCCGCACCAAGUCCCUUAGCCACGAAAACCUGCGUACCUCCCCCUCCCGCCUGGCCCUGCCCUCCUCCCCCACCCUGUCCCCUAACUCUUCCCGCGCCGCCUCCCCGCACACCUCCCCACAGGAGGAGGGCCGCCCUCGCACCCUCAACGUGGCCGGGUCACGUCUGCGGCAGCCACAGGUAAGAACGUCGCGUGGCCGCGGCUCACGCCCCACCAGCUGCAGCUCUUCCCCUGGAGGGUCACGCUGCUCCUCCCCAGGGCUGGAUGGCCCCGUGGGGGGGUUUGGCCGUGGCAGCCGUAGCGGCAGCCGUGCCAGCAGCACCAGCUCAUCCCCGGCCACCUCCCGCUGCUCCUCACCUGCUGGGGAGGAGCUCCGGCCCUUGGGCCGGGCACCCCAGCACCGGGGCAACUCCUCCACCCCCAGGAACGGCUCUUCCUCCCGGCCUGUUCGACGCACCUCCAGCACCUCUCUACAGGAGCAAGUAACCACCCCUCCUUCCCCUGGGCCACCCCCCCGCCAGCCACACCUCCAGGGCUCAGCCAUCCCCAAGCCGUCGUCCGCCUCCAGGACCAAGCCCGGCACCAGCAAGCUGCCGCUGCCCAUGACCACCAAGAGUUAAGGCAGCCCUCAGCAUGGUGCGCAGGGCCCCUCACCACCGCAGGGAGGCUCAGGCAGGGCCACAGAUGCCCUAUUUAAUGCAUGGCCCUGCACACCAUGCCCCUAGUCCCUCUAGUCAGCAAGAUGGUGGGUCACUCACCCUAACCAGCAUUACUGAGGGCAGUGAUGCAGGAAGAGGCACCUACACCCCAUCCGGCCCAGUGAGACCGUCAGUGUAGUGUGUUGGGUGGCGACCUGUGUAUAUCCCUGCCUCCUUGUCCCCGCCAGGCUCCACGGCACAAUGUAGGUGUUUGUCUGUUGUUUCAGUUCUUAUGGGCGCUGGCACGGCAGGUGGAGGACCUGGUGAUGCAAGACCUCCUCCAGGUGUGGGGUGGAUAGCUGGUCCCUGAGGAGGCUGCAGGCAGGAGUGGUGCAUGGAAAACAAGUCUCUGCUAGUGUUGCUUAUCACACACACACACACACACACACACACACACACACACACACACACACACACACCCUCCUGCUUGCCAGUAGCUCUCCCACCACAAGACAUAAUUUAAGGUAGGCAUUACAGGAAGAUUAAUUACUGAAGCUGAACUAGACAAACAAACAAAGUAGUACAUAAUAAUAAAUGGCUGCAGUAUGCUCAGUGAUGUAUACUUUAUAGUCUAACAUAUAAAGCACUGUUAUUUAAUGCAUCAGAGAGGAUUAAUUAAGGGAAGGGUAACAGAAUAAACUUGUAUGUGCUAAAGGAAAAGUUAUCAUAUGUGCCAAUGGUUUCUGUCUGGCCCGAAGGAAUUAAUAAUGUUCUAAGGCAAGGGCGUGGCCUCAGAGUAUUCUUCCUCCUCUAAUCAGUACGACAAAUUGCACAUUAUUGGGUUGGUAAUUGCUGUUCAGUGUUCAUGUUGCAAGGUUAGUUAUGCAUUCUCCUCCUCCUCCUCCUUCUCCACCCAUGCCACUUGAAGUUUAGAUGAAAGGAUUGUUUGACCAAGUUGUUUUCAGUUUGUGUUUGAAUGAGAGUGAACUGCAGUGUGUGUGUGUGUGUGCGUGUGAAAGAGAGAGAGAGAGAGAGAAGUGUAAUAUAUUUUUUUUUAUUUACAAAGAAUGAGAGGGGUAGGAUUUGUGGGAGGUGAACAAAGACAAAAACAGCUUAAUUUUUGCCAUUUCUUAAAAGUAUAGCAGUUAUUGAAUACCAAAACAAAAGAAUAGCUCCAUCAUCUUUACUGCUUCAUACCUACGUAAAUGAACAAACAAGUUUUUAGCUGUACCAUAUCCUCAACCCCAGCAAGAUAGUGAAAGAUACCACAAUGUCAACACUGAACAGCAAACAAAAACUGAUCAAAAUGUGCAUAUAUUCCUAAAGUAUUUAAGUGCUUAUUGCAGUAUUAUUUCCAGCAGACCUGAAUGAGGGAGACGAGAAGGAAAGUGAAGGAAAUAUGGUGUUGCAGGGUCAGGGGUUUGUUGGUUAAUUCAUACGCACCAUUUCAAUUAUUACCUGUUCUGGCUACUGACCCCCAAAAAUGUUCACACUAAUAUAACAGCUUCUUCAUUCUGUUCCACUUGGCUGUUUUGAUAUACUCGGCUUAUUUUCAUCUGCAGGGUAAAUCGAGACUGCAAUCAAAAAUACGUUUCUUCAAUAUGUUAUGAAUUAUUGAUAGUGACGAAUAAUGAAAUAGAUUAACUAACACAGAGACAAAAAAGAAUGUGAGGAGAGAGGAAGAGAAAAGAAAAACAAAAUUGAAGAGAGGGAUGGAAAGAAAAGUCCAUAUUGAGAAAGAAAGUAAAGUAAGAAAACAAGAGAAAGAAAGAGCAAAUGAAGGAAAGAAAAAGAGAAAGAGAGAGAAAAAAUUAAUGAAGCAGCUGCCCUUAAUAAUUCCCACUAUAAACAGCGCCAGAUCGUACACCGGUAUCUGAUUGCAAUAUAUUUUCCCCAGCGGACAAAAAUAUGUUACAGAGAGAGAGAAAAUAAAAAACAUGACCUGAUGGAACACUUAUGAGGAAGCUAUAUUAACUGAAGUGGCUUUACAUGCAGAUUGGAGUGGAAUGUGUUAAUUAGAAUGGCGAAUAUGGAUUAGCCAAACACACCCCAUCUCCCUUUGUGCAGGUGUCAAAUAAAGGUGUGCUGGUCUCGUUAACUCUAAAAAAUAUCAUAGUAAAUAAGUAACGUCUAAGAACCAUGCUGAGUAAUCUAUAUAUACAUGAGACAAUUACUGUUACUUUAUCUCUACUCGGUGCAACAAAGAAAUGGUGUUACGUACUUUAUAUUUUUAGUGGGUCAUGUGUGAAUCUUGCCUCGAAAACUGUGGUGCGUAUUUUUAAACAUAUCAGUGUCCUAUUACGACUAUUUCCCAAGGCCGCAGAGAAGAUUAAUAGGGUGUUUUUUCCGCUCAUGAUGCAGAAACCAUGUAAAAUUAUCCCUAGCAUCACAAGACAGUCCUUGGAAAUCCCAGCAACUUUCACGAGAGGCUUUUCAGACAAGGGAACUGAAGCGCUGAUAUGUUUAAAGGUACGGGCUUAUGGAAGAGACAAAGGUUGGUGUUUAUUUAUUGUUAUGCAGUGGUCGAGGAACCCCGGCAUACUCACAGUCAUUACUAGGUUGUACAAGUCAGUCCUCGGAGGGAAGCAUCUGUACCGCACUCCACGUGUUAGGAAGAGAGUGGAAUGUAUAGGGUGUGAUUCUGAAUUUGUAUAACGGCAUUGUGGUUAGGGGCAUAUAUCAGGAAAAAGAGCUCUGCAACUCACUCCACAUGUUAGGAAGAGAGUGGAAUGUAUAGGGUGUGAUUCUGAAUUUGUAUAACGGCAUUAGGAUCAGCAUCAUUUAUUAGGAAAAGUGCUUCGUACCUCUCUCUGCGUUUAUAAGGAAGAGUGGAAUGUGUAAGGUGCGAUUCUGAAUUUGUAUAGUUUCAUUAGGAUCAGCAUAUUAGGAAAAAGUGCUUCGUACCUCGCUCUUCAUUUAUAAGGAAGAGAAUGGAAUGUAUAGGGUAUGAUUCUGAAUUGUAUUGUGGCAUUUUGAUCAGUGGGGUUUAUCUGGAAAAAGAACUCUGUAAAAAGAAGAUUGUAGAUGCCAUUGUAAUUAAUAACACUUAUACAUUUAUCAAGAAAAGAAAUAGCAGAGAAAAAUAGAACUGUGUAAAAAGGAGCUAUGGUCAAAAUGCUGUUUUUAUGGUCUAUUUAUGUCUUUAUUUAUCAUUAUUUAUUUUUUUUAUUUAUUAUAUUUUUCUUUUUUGGGCAGUUAUAUUCUUCCCUCGGCUCUCAAGUUUACAUAGCAUACACUUCAUGACAUUGUUCCUUGUGCCGACUCAGUGCAUCAGCUACAACACAUGAUAUUUUUUUCUCUCGAGGUAAAGUGUUUUCCCUCCGAGGCUAUACUGAAGAUUCUCACUGUGGAUAGAAGGCAAGUGUACACAACAGUAUUAAUUCAUUUAUUCUUCUUUUUAUCAUGUGUGUGUGUAAGACGGAGGAUUAUGUGCGCGUCAGUCAGUUUUCCUUUUUUUUUUUUCAAGUGUGCCGUUUUGAAAAGUAAAUUAUAGGUUGAUUAUUUAUACUUAAUCUCAUUUGUUGUGUUCACUUCCUCAGGUUCGAGAAGGGACCGAGAAAUGCGAGUCCGAACGUGCAGUAUUUAUCGUUUUAUCUUGUGCUCCGUGCGUUUACAAAGGGGGUUAUUUAUUUGUGCAAUUUACCUCAAAGGAAUCUCUAUAUAUUUUCUUACUCCCCGCCAGUACAAAUAUUUAUGUUGAGGGUCUCUUGUUUCCAGUACGCGUCGCUCCCAGCUCCUCCCAGACCAAGUUAUUGGGACGUUUUCUUUAGGCGAGAGUGUUUGAAUCAUAAGAGUAUUACAUUUAUCAUAAGUUUUUUGUAUUUGUUAUCUCUCUGUUCUGCCUUACUCUCUCUGUUCUGCCUUACUCUCUCUGUUCUGUCUAACUCUCUCUGUUCUGUCUUUUCUCUUUCUGUUCUGUCUCUAUAUCUAUCUAUCUUCCUAUCUAUCUAUCUAUUUAUGUAUCUAUCUCCAGGUCAUUAUUUAUUUUACGUUAUAGGAAAAUCACAGCAGCUAUUGCCAUAUUUUUUUAAGAACCUCAAAUUUAAUAUAUCUUCACACCUCCCUAAGAAGAUAUUUAUACUUUUUUUUUUUUCACUUUAUUGACGAUUGACUUUUUUUUACGGCAUUCAUAUCACUCACUCCUUUAUUUCAAUGGCGAUUUGCUUUUUUCGUCAUUCAUAUCACUUACAAAAAUUAGAUCAUUCUGUUAUUAUUCCUUUGCUUUGUGGCUGUUUCACUCUUUCCCAUCACAUCACUUACACUCAAAGAUCGCACUCGGUAGUCACGGCUGUAAUCUCUCAUUUUGCAUUCACUGGAUAACCGUAAAUUCAACUAGGUCACCAAAUUGAACAGCUACUUUUGCUUUGCUUUCCUAUCGACACAAACCCUAUAACUUCUUUUUUACAUGCUGUUCCUCACUCCUCUUCCUCGUUCUCAAAUCCACAAACAUAUCUCUUUCACAGUUUUCACUUCCUUUCCUUCUCAUUCUCAAAUUCAUUAAUACCGCAUUGCUCAUUCAAUACAUCAAACAUCCCUCUCAUACUGCAUUCAUUACAUUUCCCCAAAGUCAAUCCACAAACAAAUCUUUUUCACAAUAUUCACUUUUUUCCUUCACUUGACAAAACUGCACUCUUUUUGCAUUGCUUUCACAUUAUAUCUGCCUAUUCAGCGUAUCAGACAACACAUAUGUACAGACAAGCUCAUAACAAACAGCUCUUCACUCACACAAACCCUAUACAUACACUUAACAAAAUUUCCCCUUUAGUAUUGCUUUCAUAUUAUCUCUUUGCCUAUCAGCGCAUCAGACACCACAUAAGCAUAGAGAGGCUCAUGACAAACAGCACUCAUUCUCACAGCCAAACCCUGAUACUCUACAUAUUUUUGCACGUAACCUAUACAUGCAUCAAUGACUAUGAGUGGGUUAGGGCACAUCGUAGGGGUCGUAGCUUAACUAUCUUUCGACUUGAGGCUGUUGUCGUAAAGAGGGAGGUCUGUGGCUCACUAGUAUAUAGAAAGAAGCGAGAUUUGUAGGUUUCUUGUAAUUCUGAGGUGAGGAGUUUGUGUUUCUGGCUUGGCUGGUGUAGGUUGUGACUUUCAUGCUAGAGUCUGUCUUUAGGAGUAGAGGCAUUCUCCCUUUUUUUUUCUCUGUCUAUUUAUCUCUUUUUCUCUCAUCUGGGUGCUAGUAUGCAGUGUAAGCAAGACUGAUGGUGGUAUUUGCAAGUUUAUACAUAUCUAUUUUAACUAUUUAUAACAGUAUAUAAUUAUACGUAAGUGAUUAUCUAUACCUGUAUGGAUGUAAGAUUAGUCGAGAUGUUAGUAAGAUUGUUUUGUUUUUCUAUUAUUAUUAUUUAUUAGUUACAUGCACAGUUAUAGAAGCUGUUUUGGAGUUAUUGUUUUCUCAUAAGGAUUACAGAGCUGGAUAUGCAGUUGUUGUUUAUUUGGUAGGAAGGUUCAGGAAGCAAAGUUACACCUGUGGUUUUAGUUUCAUAAAUAAGCUUGCACCAUGAGUGUGUGUGUGUGCAGGUAGAAGCAGCUCAAAAUAAGGUAAUAAAGCAAAUAAAUCAACAAUCCAUAUAUCAGGAGUGUGCUAACAUGGCUCAACAGACUAAAUUAUAUCUAAAGAAUAGUUUAAUCCUUAGACGGCGGUGGAACUAUGUACAGACGAUCCAAAAUUCAGUCAGUCAGUUUUGUAUGCCAGAAAUAUAACAACACUUCCAGAUUGCGGUAGAAUCUAUACAUAGACAAUAGUUAAAACAUCUAUUAUGCAGCGUAACUAUUUAUGCUACGGUCUAAGGUCGGCAGUGACUAUAUAUAGACCAUUCAAUUUUGCGGAGCUACUCUUCAAAUACAGCUGCCGUCUAAGGGUUCAUAUAUAUUUACAUUCAUUAUUCAUGUAAAAGUUGAUUUCGGGUAAGAGUCGAGGCCCCACACACAAAACGGGGAUGUAUGUAUUAUUUACCAGGCAGGAAGUGUAUUAGUGUCAAUGGUGUUUAAUCAGUAAGGAAGAACCAACCAUCUUGACUGUGACUGAGUAGCUAAAGAAACUAUUGUACGUACAUGGGAGAAAUAAUGACAAAUGAGAACAACCUGUGUAUUACUAUGUGAAUUAUCAAGCGGUGUUAUGAUGAGCUUUCUAUCAAUAUUCUGGUGUUUAAUCAUUUAAGGAAGAACCAACCAUCUUGACUGUGACUGAGUAGCUAAAGAAACACGUACGUACAUGGGAGAAAUAAUGACAAAUGAGAACAACCUGUGUAUUACUAUGUGAAUUAUCAAGUAGUGUUAUGAGGAGCUUUCUAUCCUCUCAUCACGACCCUUGAUUAUGUUCACCGUUAUCACACUGUUGCUUCACCACCAGACGCCGGGCCAGUCAUCUGUUACGUGGUUGUCUAUCCCCCAAGACUACCAACACAACCCUGGGAUAUACAGAAUUGGUUGUACAGUCGACUCCGAGGAAUAUAGUUAUGAUUGAGGGAUAACUUAUGCCUCUGAAAAGUAAUAUCCAUGCCAAAAUUCACCCCCCACAAGGAUACGAUUAUGUUAGAUUGAGGGAUAACUUAUGCCUCUGAAAAGUAAUAUCCAUGCCAAAAUUCACCCCCCACAAGGAUACGAUUAUGUUAGAUUGAGGGAUAACUUAUGCCUCUGAAAAGUAAUAUCCA